AUGGCUUCUGGAAAUGGCUCUUUCGUGACUGAAUUCAUUCUGGUGGGGUUAACAGACCAACUAGAUCUCCAACUCCCCCUGUUCUUCCUGUUUCUAGUGACAUAUAUGAUCACUCUGAUGGGAAACUUGGGCAUGAUAACUCUAAUUGUAUUUAAUUCACAUCUUCACACCCCCAUGUACUUUUUCCUCUUCAACUUGUCCAUCAUAGACUUCUGUUAUUCUUCUGUGUUUACACCUAAAAUGCUGAUGCACUUCAUUUCAGAGAAGAAUACUGUCUCCUAUACUGGAUGCAUGUGCCAGCUCUUCUUUUUCUGUUUCUUUGCGAUUUCUGAAUGCUAUGUGCUGACAUCAAUGGCCUAUGAUCGCUAUGUGGCCAUCUGCAAUCCACUUUUGUAUAACAUCACCAUGUCUCCUCAGGUGUGUUCCAGUCUUAUGCUUGGUUCAUACUUGCUGUCCUUUUCUGGUGCCAUGGCCCAUACCGGAGGCAUGCUGAAACUGAUCUUCUGUAAUGCAAACAUUAUCAACCACUAGUUCUGUGACAUCCUCCCACUACUCCAGCUCUCUUGCACCAGCACCUACGUCAAUGAGCUGGUGGUUUUCAUUGUGGUGGGCAUUAACAUCAUUGUGCCCAGUGUCACCAUCUUUAUCUCUUAUGCUUUUAUUGUCUCUAGCAUUCUCCAUAUUAACUCCAAGGAGGGCAGGUUCAAAGCAUUCAGCACCUGCAGUUCCCACAUAAUUACUGUUUUUCUAUUCUUUGGGUCUGGUGCAUUUAUGUAUCUUAAACCAUCUUCUGCUGAGUCUAUGAGUGAGGGAAAAAUCUCUUCUGUCUUUUAUACCAAUGUGGUUCCCAUGAUGAACCCCUUAAUAUACAGCUUGAGGAAUAGAUAUGUUAAAUUUGCCCUGAGGAAAGCCUUGAGUACAAGAAAGUUUUAA